AUGGUGACCGUAACUUCUGCUAGCUCCGUUAGCUUCGGGCGGAGAACCUGCGGCGGGUGUUCGUGGUCUCAGUCCGGGUCCGGACUGCUCGGCUCGGCUGGUGUCGGUUUACGGGUUUGGAGAGAACAAGAGCAGCGAUUGGCUCGACAGAGCCGCACCUUCCAGAACAUCUGUAAAAGAGUCAGCCAGCAGCAAUCCCCAGCAGACCAGCAGGUGCUGGAUGUGAUCGACUUCUACGAGACCAAAAUGACUCCGCUGCUGGAUGAGCUCAGAGCUGUCAAAGGUCAACCAGAAGGAUCUCCGAUGGCUCAACCUACAGGAAUGAAGGAGGCAACUCCAUCUUUCAAAACCGUCCUCCAGGCGUACCAGGAACAACAAAAAAGAAGCCACGCCCAGGCCGAAGAGCUGCAGAGGGAGGUGGAGCGCCUGAAGCAAGACUUGGAGAAAAGGCCGUCACUCAGAGACGUGAAGUUCUACAAGCACAAGCUCCGUCGUCUGGAGGGCUCAAAAAAGCACAAGGUGGGAUCAUCACCAAACGAAGAUAACACCAGUGAGACGAGUGAGCAAACCAAGGAGGCUGGUCUCUGUGCCCGCUAUCACCAUCUGUUGAAGGAGAUCCGAGCUGCUGUGACCGAUUCCAACGGUCCAUUCCAACCGUCCUCCGUUGCUUCAGACCUGGCUGAGUUUCACACUGUGGUCCCCACACUGGAGGCCUGGGCUCAGCAGCUCCGCCUCCUGAAGGAUCUGCAAAGGGCUUUAAACCGGUUGACUGGCAGACUGAUGCCCUGGAAGCCGCGUGAUGGCGGCCAUACUGUUGCAGUGAAGGUGGAGGACAUGCUGAUGCUGGUGGACAGCAUGCUGGAGAACACCUCAGCUGAGGAGGACAAGGUGCUCAGGAGUCCCACUCGGUACACGUUGGGCUCCAUGGUGUCUCACUUCCAGAAGCUGUUUGACGUGAGCUCCCUCAGCGGAGUGUACCCACGUAUGAACGAGGUGUACAGCAGGCUGGAAGAGAUGAGGAACAUAAUGAGGAACCUGCGAGAUGUUCUGCAGCUCGACAGCAGGGCUCCUGCUGCUGAGGUGGUGCAUGGGGUGGAAAGACUGGUCUCCUCCACCCAGAACACCGCUGGAUUCCAAAGCUUGCUGGGAGAAGCUGAUAUCGACAGGUUCCCAUCCGCUGAGCACACACGUUUUUUGGUCUGUUGUGUUUCUGCUGGUGUUCGGAUGACUAAACAAAAAGCAAAGGCUUUUAUGAAUAUGCACCAAUAUACCGUAUUGUUUAGAGUAAGAUAAUCAAAUCUUAAAGUGGCCCCUUAAGUUUAAUGGACCCAGGCCAAAUACCCAAAGUAAAAAUCACUGUUUGUGCCAUGAAACUUAUCAUUUAAAAAUACAAACAUUUUGUGUAAAUGUGCAAAUCAUAGUGGACUUUGUAAUAAAAAAAAAAAUCCUCUAG